AUAACCACUCUAAAUUCUUGGGUCAUGAAGAGGCCGAGAGACUGGUGUGAUAUUGUACGUUCUUUAAAAGUAUUACCAAUACCUUUUGAUAGGCAGAAUGCACCUUCAAAGCAAUCAUCAGCAUUUUGCGUCUAUAUUAAAAGUGUUGAAGGAAUAAAGUGUCAGGUAAAUCAUUUGUUUCUUCCGUAGCUAAGAGCACGAAUUAUAUGAUUCAAACGAAAAUAACAUGUCUCGGCACGGCUUUUUUAAUAAUCCGUUUAAAAAAGUGAAAAUAUUCCUGAAAAGGUUCAAUUACUGUAGUUUUUAUUAUAAAGAUUAAUAUCAGUGACAUAAAUUAGACAAACAAAUUGUUUUCGUAAGAUAUUUUUAAGCAAUCAUCUAAAACUUUUUCGAGUUUUUUAUUUUCAUGUUUAAAUAUUGUUAACUUCUAAUCUUUUAUAUAAAGGCACAGAGCUUAAGCAAUACUUUUUCAUUUAUUAUGAAAAUUGUUCGGUUCGCGAUGCAAAUUAAGUUGUAAGGAUGACAAAUAACUAACUCCUUUGAAUGUAAUAAUGCUUUGAAUACUGCUGAUGUCAAUCAACUUGAAAUAUUUGAUAUUCAAUCGAAUCUUAGAUUAAAAAGUAAUUCUUUUAUCAACAAUCAAAUGCAGAUGGCAGUAUGUGCCAUAUGAGCGCAGUAGCUCACAUUAUUUUAAUGAAUUGAAAUUUUACCUUGAAUCGUAAAGUAAUAUGCAAAUGCACGUUUCUAUUUUGAAAUAAUUGAUUAUGUUAAUAGUACUUUAAUAAUGUUUUCUUUCUCUAUAAUGACUAAAAUUAGUCAUGAUUUCGCCUCUGCAACUAUAUUAACAUCAAUUCAUUAAAAGGUCUUAUUAAUUUACUAAUUGUAAGUAAUAGAAGCGACAGCAUAUGGCAGACAAUGCUUAGUAAACAACCUGAUUUCCUUAGCAAUUUUCGUUACUUGGCUAAAAUAACUAUAAUACACAUUCUAAUUUAUUUCUGAGUAGUAAAAUAUAUGCUAUAUAGCGGAAGUUUAUAUAUAAAAAAUUGCCUUUAGCUUAUAGUCAACAAAAUUUUGUAAUUCUUUUUUGGCAACAACAUCAAGAGUAAUUAGAGAUUUAUGGUAUUUCACAGGUUGCGUGUAACGUAAUAUCGAAUCAUAUAAUUAAAUGUCUGGUCGUAGCAGAGUAAUAAGUAAUCAACAAUCAAUUUCUUCUAGUUGGUUUAGGUUGUUACUGGGCAACUGUCGGUUUGUUGAUAAUGAUAAAAAUAGCUACUUUGAAUAUAUAUCACUUUGCUGUUGAUUUAUUGAUCACUAUACAUAGUAAAUAAAGUAGCAAGAGAGGAGUUCAGCUGCUUUUGAAGAUCCUUUAACGUUUUGAGGGAUUCAUUGUAAAGAUUUAUUAACCUUUCAAUAAUAAUUCAAAUAAUAAAUACAGAUUUUCUAAGAAAAGUCAUUUUAUUGAUAGAUUCAUAUAUAUUUAUAAUUUAUUCAGUGUUGUAUUUGAUUAUCGUAUUGUAUUUCUCUGUGCCGUGCAGUCCAUUUUACUACACUGUCUUAUCGACUGGUUCUAGCUUUUACGCCUCGAUCAAUAGUAUUCUGAAUAUUUCAUUAAAUUUUCAACAAUGAAGAAUGGAUGGUUUACUCCUCUACCUAUAGAUACUUCGCGGAUAUUUUCUGAUUUAGGCUACGUCAAAAAAGUCGAUAAGAAGCAAGUUAAAGUUAAUACUAAUGCAGAUGUAAUUACUGGUGUGACAAAAUGGACAUCCAAAGACGCUCUUCCCUUUGAGAAGAUUUUAAGAAAGAGCUCAACUACUCCUAAUCCUGAAGCGAGAGCUUUUCAACUUCGUUUAUUUCUUUAUGACUCGUCUUAUCAGCAAUUUUUUGGAAAGUCUUUUACCAGCUCAACUGUUAAUGCGAAAGUUGAAAAAGACGGCUUACGAGUCGUUUUCAAUCACAACGUUUAUUUCCAUACCUCAAUCAUCGAUCCCGGUAUAUUGUUGGUUGUGGAAAUUGCGGCUAUUCUUAAUAAUGUUGAACAGAGUUGCGGCUGGGGAAAGUUUGAAUUAUUCUCUUUUGAAGAUGUCCCAGAUUCGUCUGAGACGAAGAACGCGCCCCUUUCCAAAAUUCCAUUAUGCAAUGGCUCUCCAAGAGCACUCUUUUUCUUGAAUCAGGAGAGACAAGAAAUAGAAGUUAUCCCUAAUUGUGUCCUCAAUAUUCAGCUAAGAACUCAUGAAACAUUAAAAAAAGUCCUACACUUAAUACCAGAAAAUGCGAUAGUCAGUAAUAAUGACAGCAUUCCUGGAAUUGUAGAAAAUUCUGGAGGAGACAACUUAAGAUUACCAAAAAAGUUAAAGAAAAAACCAGCUUUUAUCGAGAAAAUUCACGUUAAUUUUGGUUGUUCAGUCGAUCAGUUUGAAGAGGAGUUGUGCAAAUAUUUAAAAGAAGAUAGACGGAACAAAAAUCGCUCGGGAAUAGAAGAAGGUGGAAUAUGUGUUAUCGAAAGGCGCCUAAAGAUUGGCGUUCACAAUGGAUGGACUUUCAUUUCGGAACCGGAAAUUGUUCAAUUACAUUUGGAUGGGGAGCAAUCAAAAAGAUCUGGAUCGAUGAGGAGAGGUAGCUUCAGUCACAGAAGAACCUCAAGUGCCGGAUCACUACAAAAUGCAACUGGUGCCUCAGCUUUAAUUCAUAAAAGCCGAAUCCAGAUUGACGGACUUGUGCAAGAUCCAAUGGUCGCCAUACCCAAGUUUAUGCCACAAGGAAGUAAAAGUUUGAACAUGAGUAUGGUCAGAUCACCAACGUUCAAUGUUGCUGUUAGAUGGGGUUCUUGGUGUCCAUUCAGUAAGCAACAUGGCGUGGAGAAUGUCAUAUAUCUUCAAGGCGGUCCUCUAAUUAAUCCAGAACAAAGUUUCAUCUUCAAACAGCUAACAGCCGACUCUGAUGUUACUGGAUCACAUGGCAGUAUUUCCUCCUCUUCCGUCAUUAAUUUCCACUUUUAUGACGAUGAUCAAUAUUCUGGAAGAUCAUCCUCUUUACAGGUUCCAGGUGUUGUUGAAUCAAAUAGAAUAGGAAUGCUCAAAUCCGCUUAUCAAGAUACAACUAGUAUUCACUCAGACGAAAGUGGCUUGCAAGAGAUAUCGACAAAGCCACCGUUGCAUCCAUCCAGCGUCAGAACACCAAAGACUUUCGGUCGGGAAGUGCCAGAAAUUCCGGUUCAUUCUCCCGAUUCCUUUGUCAGAACUGAUCAGAUCACAGCCAGAACAAGUUACGAACAAGGCAUGCCAUACAUUCCUUCAUUAGGCUUAACUCCAUCGCCAACUGGGACUCAGCAGGCUUACCAGCAACAGAUUUCUGGAUACCCUACUGGUCCAGCUAUUCCUUACGGACCCCAAUCUGUAGGACAAGGCUAUUUGCCCCUUGAGAUUUCCCAGUUGAGAGCUACAUCGACAUCACCCUAUAUGAGCACGCGCGGAGAAAUCAUGCACGAGCUACCUUUUACCCCUUUUCACGCUCCUGUAAUCGCAAGCGGAGGAGGACCUAGGAGCCAAGGCUUAUCAAGAGCUGCUUAUUCUAAGUUAUACAGUGCCGGAUUUCCGGCCAUCGAGGAUUCCAAGGGCCGCUCAGCCGAGGUAGUUGAUCCUAUGGAUGAAUUACAAUUUGAUCCUUAUAAAGAAGAAGCGGAUAAACUUCAAACUAAUCAGAUUAUCUUUCAAUUUUUGGCAUUUUCCAGAUUGGAAAACUUGGAACUAACUGGAGGGCAACCGACACCUUCAUCGAUUUUUCUCACCUUUCAAUUUUACCGUUUUCCUCAAGUAACCACAGAGAGAUUAUCAUUAGCCGAAUUGGAGGGUGAUCUAUCGAAUAAUAUGCAUACUGCCCCUUUUAUAUUAAAAAAAAUUGAUAAAAGCGGCAGAAUUGCACAAGGACAACCGGGAUAUGAAGUGAAAUACGAUUUAGAUCCAGCUUAUAUGAAAAGUGGUGAAAAGAGGUUAUUCCUAGAUUAUUUAUCACGUCAAACUUUACAUAUUGACGCUUGGGAUGGCGAUUCCCUUCUCCUCAUAGGCUCCGCAGCUGUUGAGUUAAAACAUCUUUGUCGUCAAGGACGACCUGCAGUACAAGUAACUUUUGAAUUGGAUGUUGUUGCCACCGAACAUGAAGAAAUAAUUCAGGAGUCACCAACUAAACCAGUUGAAGUUAAUAAUCUUUUACGUGGACGCUUGCAUUUCCGAGCUGCUAAUGUUGGAAUAAAGUCAGAAGUUGUUUAUAAACAAGUUGAAAUAGUCUGCUCCAAGCCAAUAAUUUCAGCGGAUGAUAGCAUCCGAAAGCAGUUCGCAGGUGGUAGUUUGCAUAGCUUCAACAAAUAUAAACAGGAUGUGAAAUGCAACAAAGUUGUUAGAGCAUAUCACAUGAUUGAAGCAAACAAUGAGCUUGCAGAAGUAUUAAACUCAUUCAAAAAAAAGAAUAAUACCGAGAAUGAUAGUAAUCAAACUAGUUCGGAGAGGCGUAAGAAACUGUCUAGAAUGCAAGCCGUUAGGAAGACAGAAAGCGACGAAAACGUUCCGCCCAUCGUCGAAUCCUUUAGAGCCGUUAAGGAAGAGAGGUCUCGAGACCUGAAAACAAUCGAUACUUACCGAACUGCUUCUAAAAGAGAUGGUAUAUUAAAUGUACUGAGUGCUGCUAUUACAACGGAGCACGUAAUUCAUCCUUCGUUUGGAAAAACUUCUUUUUUUGAAUUUUCAUUACGUAAUCCAUAUAAUACCGCCCAUACCGUCGAAAUCGAAUGCGAUGACGCGGAACUACGACUUGUUACCGAUUCACAAGAAUGGAAAUAUCUUAAAGUAAUAAAUGACUUAUUGGAUAGCCCCACAGAGGAAGGCUUAUUUAGCUCGUCAGAUGAAGGCAUUCCACAAAUAUACUUGCGACCUAAGGAAAGGGUAAACGUGCCCUUUAAAUUCCUCACCUUUAAGGCUGAUAAUACAGUACAAACGACAGGCGCCGUAAAUAUUUUUAAGGCGUCAGCUAAGAAAGAAAAAUUCAAAGAUGAAGGCAGAGUAGUAAAAGUGUAUUGUAGAACUGUGGAAUCUAAAAAUCCAGUAGCAGUUUUAAAGUUAAGAAUAGAGCCCUUACCACAUGUAAUUGAUCAAACAUUCAGAUUUCAUCAUCCGGAACACAGUUUUUUUCGUCAAUCGUUGAGACUUCCUCCGUUAAAUCAUUUACCAGGAGCAAUCGUUGGUAAUGGUCAAGCUCAACAAAUUUAUGUAAAGUGUAGCGAUCCAAAUGUAAUAGCAAAUUCAAGAGCAGUUUUAGUUGGUGAACCUCACGACGUAACUAUAAAAGUGGCUUGUGGAGCUGCGCCACAGAUAAAAAAAUUUUAUCUCGCGCUGUAUACGGAAAAACACCUAGCAAAUCCUCUUCAAAUCUGGAAAGUACUGAUUCAUUCCUUGCAGAGGAUUGAUAUUGCAUGCAUUGAAGGGCAAACAACGAGGACUAACGUCGUAUUAAAAGGAGGUCAUUCGUCAAAACUUGUAAAGGCCUACGUCAGUCAUCCGAUGCAUAUGUCCGUUUCACCUUCAGAACCUUUUACGUUAACAGCCAAUUCUCUUUAUGAAUUGGCGAUCGGAGUAAGAGGAAGUUCUGCAGGAGUUAGGUUUAUGUAUAUAAACGUCGUAGAUGUUGACUGUAGGACGCUUUUCAAAUCAUGGCUCGUUUGUGUCAAUUGUAAAUCACCUGAAGUAGGAAAGUCUUUCGAAGUAAAAGUAGCGACCGGAAGAGCAGUUAACAAACGACUGGCGUUUACUAAUCCGUAUUCGUCAAAGAAGGCUUUUCACAUUCUCACUUCCAGACCGGAUUUAUUGCACUUCAAGGAGACACGUAUAGAAUUGAUGAGUCAGGAGACAUAUAAUAUCGGUUUACGGUUCAUACCGGUAGGAAGUACAGGGGUCGUCAAUAUCUUAGUAUUUGUUAAUGACGAAGAUGAUAAAACAGAAGAAACUUUUUCUGUUACAGUACAAUAUACUUCGUGA